UCAGGCGGCAGCAGUGGCUUCUCAGUGCUGUCUCGGCCAUGACACACAUCUAAUAUGCCCUCCCUUAACCCACUUGUAGACUGUCUGUCUUGCCCUGCAGCAUGGACCAAAGAGAGAUUCUGCAGAAGUUCCUGGAUGAGGCCCAAACCAAGAAAAGUAACAAAGAGGAGUUUGCCAAUGAAUUUCUGACGCUGAAAAGACUAUCCACCCAGUAUAAGGCAGAUAAAACCUAUCCCACAACUGAGGCUGAGAGGCCCAAGAAUAUCAAGAAAAACAGAUAUAAGGAUAUCUUGCCCUAUGCCCACAGUCUAGUAGAACUGUCCAUGGUAACCUCUGAUGAGGAUUCCAGCUACAUCAAUGCCAACUUUCAUUAAGGGAGUUAUGGACAGGCUUAUAUUGCCACCCAGGGACCUUUGCCUACAACUGUCCUGGACUUCUGGAGGAUGAUUUGGGAAUACAGCGUCUGGUGAAUCAUUGUUAUGGCAUGCAUGGAGUUUGAAAUGGGGAAGAAAAAAUGUGAGCGCUACUGGGCUGAGCCAGGAGAAAUGCAACUGCAACUUGGCCCUUUCUCCAUAUCCUGUGAAGCGGAAAAUAAAAAAUCUGAUUAUACAAUCAGGACUCUACAAGCCAAGUUCAAUAGUGAAACUCGAACCAUCUACCAGUUCCAUUACAAGAACUGGCCAGACCACGAUGUGCCUUCAUCUAUAGACCCUAUUCUUGAGCUCAUCUGGGAUGUGCGUUGUUACCAAGAGGAUAACAGUGUUCCCAUAUGCAUUCACUGCAGUGCUGGUUGUGGAAGGACUGGUGUUAUCUGUGCUAUUGAUUAUAUGUGGAUGUGCUAAAAGAUGGGGUGAAUAAUUCCUGAGAACUUCAGUGUUUUUAGUUUGAUCCAGGAAAUGCGAACACAGAGGCCUUCAUUAGUUCAAACUCAGGAACAGUAUGAACUGGUCUACAAUGCUGUAUUAGAACUAUUUAAGAGACAGAUGGAUGUUAUCAGGGAUAAACACUCUGGAACAGAGAUUCAAGCAAAGUAUUCAGUUUCUAAGCAAAAUCCCAAUCAAGAAGCAGAUUCUUAUUCUCCUAAUUUACCAAAAAGCAUCAUAAAAGAAGCAAAAGUGAUGAACCAACAGAGCAAAGGAAGGAUAAGGGUGAAAAGUGCAGAAGCUUCUUCCUUUGACCUCAGGAUUUCUGAAAUAAGUGAAAAGGAAGGGUUAGUAAUGCACCCUUCUAAACAGAGCAGUUCUUUAGAGUUUUUGGAGCUAAAUUGUGGUUGUAACAAAAAUGCUGACACAACCAUGAAAUGGGAGAGAAAGGUAUUCCCGAUAGCUGGGGAGCCUCUUCAGAAGCAUCAAAGUUUGGACUUGAGCUCCAUUUUGUUUGGAGCACGUCCUAACUCUAAACCUGUAAAUGCAGCAGGAAGAUGUUUUAAUUUAAAGGGGCCAAUAAUGCGGACCAAAUCAACUCCCUUUGAACUGAUGCAACAGAGAGACACCAAAGAGUUGGACGUCAAGGAAAAUUUUUAUUUGGAAUCUCACCCACACAAUUCUUGUCUUGAGCAGGCUCAAAAAGUGAUGCAUGUUUCUUCAGCAGAACUGAAUUAUUCACCAUCAUAUGAAUCUAAGCAUCAAAUGUGCAAUGCCUCUAAUGCAAAGCAGCAUGACUCUGGUGCUUUUAAAGUACUUUCUUACAUGUCUUUAGUAGAAGAUCCUUAUUUUUCAUCAUUGUCUCCAAGUAGUGCUGGUUCUAAGAUGUCUCUUGAUUUACCUGAGAAGCAAGAUGAAACUGUUUUACCUUGUUCUUCACUGCCAAAAUCUUCUACAACCCUCUUUCCUUAUUACAAUUCACGUGAUUCUUUAGCACUGACUCCUCCGACCAAUUUCCCCCCACCACUGACCCAAGAGACAGCAGUAGUAGCAACUUCUUCAAGAAUAAAUGAUGAAAUUCCCCCUCCACUUCCUGAACGGACACCUGAAUCUUUUAUUGUGGUAGAGGAAGCUGGAGAAUUCCCCCUGGAUGUUCCCAAAUCUUCAUCUUCAGCUGUGAAGGUAAAAAUUGGAACAUCACUAGAAUGUAGUAGAACAUCUGAAUCAAAGAAAUUUGAUGAUUUGAGUGUAAAACCCCAGAGUCCCAAAUCAGAUCGACACCAAGAUCGUUCUUCUUCCCUGCCACCUCCACUGCCAGAAAGAACCUUAGAGUCCUUCCUUGUUGCUGAUGAAGAUUGUAUGCAGGCUCAACCUAUAGAGACUUAUUCUGCUAGCUGUCCUAACACCAUGGAAAAUUCAACAUCUUCAAAACAGACAUUGAAGACUCCUGGAAAAUGUUUCACAAGGAGUAAGAGUUUGAAAAUUUUGCGAAACAUGAAAAAGAGUAUCUGUAAUUCUUCCCCAUCAAACAAGCCUGCAGACUCUGUUCAGUCAAAUAACUCCAGCUCCUUUUUGAAUUUUGGUUUUGCAAAUCGUUUUUCAAAACCCAAAGGACCAAGGAACCCACCAUCAACUUGGAAUAUUUAACACAACUUUGGAAAAUCAGCCGCAAGUGAAUCUGCAAAUGAAACUACUAGAAUACUGCUAGCUAGAAUAAGUGCUGUAUAUUCAUAAUAUCUACCAUGAAGAUAUGGUAAUGUGUUAAUAGCUUUUAAAAGCAAUAUGCAAAUAAAUGUCAGAAGUUUUACAUUUUCAUCUCAUUUACACUGGGUUGGAAAGCACAAAUAGGAGUUUGUCAUUUAAGCUAUGUAUAGAGAAUGCUGUAUGAGAAAGUUUUACAAUGGACUUAUUUUUCAUUUUUGGAAGUUAUUUUUAGUCUACUUUACUUUCCUACAUAAAUAUAAACUUUAAAAGAUUUGUAAAAAUUGGAUCUCAAUUAAAUGUCUAUAUUGU